UGUGGUGCGGGUACCCAUCGGCUGCAGAGUCGUGCACUCAGGGCGACGCUGGAGCGGCCGACGGCUCCCGGAGCGGCCGGGACACCAACGGCUGCUGAAACUGACUAGCGCGCGGUGGAGGCGGCCACCCCAGUGAUAUGGAGCUCUGCAGGUGGUCAGGUGUCCUUCUGCUGCUCGCUGUAGCGCUGGUGGAACCAGUUGCUGACGGUCGGCCCGCCUGGAACAUCCUCUGCGACCGUCCUGCAAUAGUCGGCGGAUGGGUGUGGCAGCGGGCCUCCCCGAUGAAGAGCUCUGUCCAGUACAAGUGCCUCAAGGGACACCGCCGACUCGGCCCGCUGUUCAACACCUGCAUCGGCGGCCGCUGGAUCAUGGCGCAUCCCGUCUGUGUCAGGGCCGGCUGUCCGGCGCUGGCGGCCCCUCCCGGGGGCGUUGUCCGCCGACAGUGGCGGGGGGCCGUGGUCAGGUUCGGCUGUCGCCUGGGCCGCCGCCUGACAGGGUCUCCAUUGCUCGUCUGCGACGGCACCCGCUGGAACGGCACGGCGCCGCUCUGCCGAGGCGAGAGGCGGCAGCGCGGCAGGAGGAAAGGACACCGCGUGAGGCUGCGGCUGACCCGACCGGCCGCUGACGGCGCGCCGGCCCGGCUCGUCUCCGGCAUGUACCCGGCCGACCGGAGCAGUCUGGCGUGCCUCCGCCUCCGCCGGCCGGCCCGAGGUCAGCCUCGCGUUUACGUCCGGCGGGCGAGAAAGCCGCUCGUGGACCUGCAGAUGUCGCGACUCUCGAUCAUCUCCAGCAGACGCCGCGGGGGUCGCGCUGAGGACACAUUCCAGCUGCCCCAGCUAGGGUCACCGUUUCAGGUUGUCAUCGAAGGCGUCCCCGCCGCCGACCACGUGACCGAUGCUGCCGUCGUUGACGUCACCCUGAUGCAUGGAGACGAAUGCGGCGCGUCUGCGGAGGUAUCGUCCGGGCCACGAUUCACCGAAGGGGUAAGCGUGGUGACCGGGGAUGUUCAGCACGGGGAUGCACCCAGGAGAGCAGGCAACGACACAUCCUGUAGACCUUCGACGUCCGGCGAAGCGAACUGUGAGAAAGCUCUGGCAAGCGGCAUGGGAGAUGGGAGAACAGUCCCAGUCGACGACAAGGCAUCACCCGGACCACCAAACCCACCCGAUGCCAUUCCAAUGACAACCGAAGUUUUGGAUCGCCAUGCCACCGCCAGCCCUCCGAGCAGCGCCUUUGAAACGACACAGUCACCUACAACAGCGGCACGGACAGGGACACACUCGACGACUGCGGAUCGGAAUCGCGCGCCAUGGGUGCGCGGAGUGACGGUCGCGCCGAGCGGCGGGAGCAGGGCUCCCUUUGCACCCGCCCGACAGAAUGAAACCGUAGGCAGAGUCGGUGAACAGUUUUCACAAGAGCCGAGUGUAACCAGGGUAGUCUUCCCCGGGCACGCUACAGGGACUAUACAGAGGGAGGCUGACCAGAGGGCCUUACCAGAGGAGUCGGAGACAAGUGCGACCUUUUCCUCCAGGGAAGGAGAGGCGACUCCGAAUGUGUUAGCGGAGGAUGCAUCAACGAAGUCCAGCGUUAUCCCUCCGACCACAGAGAUGUUUUCAACAGCCCUGCCGGCGGCGGCAGCGGUGACCACAAGUGUCUUCUUUGCUAAAAAAAGAACGGAGACAAUUAAUGUCUCCCCAGAAAGCAGCGUGGUAAACCCGAGUGGCGUCCCUGAUGGCAGAGCAACGACCGCAAGCUACAUCCCACAGGAUGGAUCAUGGACGACAAAUUUCUCCGUCGCAGACAGAACGGAUGCCUCAACUGACAUUCGCGAUGACAGAGCGGAUGCCUCAACUGCAUUCCCCCAUGACAGAGCAGACGCCUCAAAUGCCUUCCCCGAUGACAGAGGGGAUGCCGCAACUGCAUUUCCCCACGCCAGAGGGGGUGUCUCAUUUGCAUUCCCCGAUGACAGAUGGGAUGCCUCAACUGCAUUUCCCGAUGGCAGAGCGGAUGCCUCAACUGCAUUCCCCCAUGCGAGAGGGGGUGUCUCAUUUGCAUUCCCCGAUGACAGAUGGGAUGCCUCAACUGCAUUUCCCGAUAACGGAGGGGAUGUCUCAACUGCAUUCCCCGAUGACAGAGGGGAUGCCUCAACUGCGUUCCCCGAUGACAGAGGGGAUGUCCCAACUGCCUUCCCCGAUGACAGAGCGGAUACCUCAGCUGCCUUCACCGAGGACAGAACAGCGAGUCUGGCUGCCUUCUCCGAUGGCAAUGCGGGAACUUCCAAUACCUUACCGGAGGACGGCGCGCCAACUCCGCACGACUUCCCGGAGAAGGCGGUGGCGACUUCGAAUGACCUCUCAAGCAGUGGCCGAGAGGGAGCUCGAGAGUCGCCCCCUACCAAUGACCUUCUACCACUGGUGCUGGGCGUUCCGGCAGCGGCGGGGGCGGCAGCACUUCUGGGAACGGCGAUGCUCGUGGCGCUCCGCCGCCGACGCGGAAAGUCGGUCGUCGCCGACGGCACCGGUGCGUUCCUCGACCCGGCUCCGGACGACGCGGACCCCAUCUCCACUCUGAUCCGGCAGAACAAGCUCGACCAUCAGGUGCAGGUGCUCCGAGCGCCGGGCGCCGAGACAGCAGAGGUGGGCGCACAGGACCGCGCUGCGAACUAACUCGCUCAGAUGUGUGGCGACGGUGCCUGCGACCGGGAAAAGCGCGCGGCUUGAGCGGGUCUGUGAACCUUCUUGCCGUGUCCGCAGAGUGCCAUCUCCCCUAAUCUGCACACCAGCGUCUGCGCCGAUAAAUCGUAGGCUGGGUUGUCGUAACAUCGGUGAACGAAAUGGCCAAGGUGAUCAAAAACGGAGGCUGUGCGAACCGACGCCAUGAAGUGUGCCAUGGCGGUGUCUGCGGCGGGAAAGGGAAGGUCAUAUGGGUGUUAGUGUUUAUGUCGUCUUAGAUGACCAGGUGUGCAUUGUUGUACUGAAGACGGCAUUUGACCUGGACGCACUUCUCGCUCUGCUGUUACGGUGUUGAUACGAUGACUGAGGUAUUUAACAAUAGAUCAAUUGGUUUCCUGCA